ACGUAUGACGUCAUAAAGGAAUGUGUCUCGCGAAAGUAGUGGCUCUACUUCUAGGGCCCAGUUUGAAAGAGCUCACAGGCCGCGUGUAAUAUCUUGACAAUGGCAGUCAUAUUGAUUUUGCGUCACAAUGGCAACUGAAGGUACAGAUGUUCAAGACGCCAUCGAAACCUCCGCUGAAGAUGGGAGAAAUGGGCCGCCCCUGGAGAUGGAGUUGGUGGCACUAGGUGAUACAUCUUCAGCGACUGACGAACCCACAAAGGUCGCGAGUUGUCACAGUGAAGUCGAGCAGGAGACAUCAUUUGAUACACAACAUGAGAGUGCUGAUACACAAGAUGACACAUCAAGCUCGGAACUUCCUGCCGACCCGGCGCAGCUGAGCGACACCACCUCCAAUGGGCCGUUGUUACGGGUGGUGAGGCCAGACAGCGUCGAUGUCAGCUCCGCAAGUUCCAACGAAUCCAUUGUCUGUAGAAUAUGCCAACUCUCCCAAAAGGAAACAGGAGAAGCUAUGACGGCUACAUCAUGUGAGUGCCGAGGAGGACUGGAAUCAGUGCACAGGUCUUGCCUCAUUCAGUGGGUCACCUACAAGCGCGACAACACGUGCGAGCUGUGCGGAGUUGUCUUCCCUUCUGUAUCACCUCCGCCAAGGACGGCGUCCAUGGAACGACAACAGAGGCGGAUAGAAGCAGUGUAUCAGCAAUAUUCCCAACUCCGGCCAAUGACUCGCCGCAAGAGGGCGUUCCUAGGUUCCCUGUCCCUGUUUCUCGCCCUUACGACGUCGGCAACGGGCAUCCUCACCGUCAGCACAGAGCGAGAGUUCCACCGCAUCGACCUUGACCCUUGGAGCACCGGUCAAGCCAGGAUGGACUCCUACAUAACAUUUUCAAUUUGUUUGUCUUUCCUGCUGUUCUGUGCGACCUUGACCGUGGGGGUGCUGCUGGUGUGGUUGGCGCUGGAGGGAAGCUACUUCCGGCGACGUCAACGGUUCUACGCCUUUGCUGCCCGCCUCGCUCAACAAGAGAGCGUGCUCGGAAUGUAUGCACAGUACGUUUAGAAUAUUUAGCGUCAUUAACUGGAAAGGGAUGUCUUCGCGAUAGUAAUAUAUUUUGGUUAAGUACACGUUCAAUUUUGUAAAUAACUUAAUGAUCUUUCUCUUGUACAACAGUCAGAUGGCUCCGCACAUCUUGUUUAUAAUUAGAGACAUUUUGUGUUGUUGCCAUGUCGCUAAAAGCCUAUCGGAAAAGAUAUACUGAAAGGGUAUAAUUUGUAGGUAUUUUUAAACUCGUAUUAUUUAUACGAAGGAGUGUCUCCGUGAUAGUAAUUUAUUUUGCUAAAGUAUACAUUUAAUUUUGUAAAUAACUUAAGGAUCUUUCUCUUGUACCACACUGAGAUGGCUGCGGACAUCUUUCUUUAAUUAGAGACAUUUUGUGAAGUUGCCAUGUCGCUAAAAGCCUAUCGGAAAAGAUAUACUGAAAGGGUAUAAUUUGUAUUGUUAACUCGUUUUAUCUAAAGUUGAACCAUUUUGUUCAUGCUGAAAUGUGUGUAAUAGUGUGACAGCUGAUAUGUUUCAGCGUUCAGUUGUUUUAUCUCAAAAUUGACCUGAAAGGAGUGUAUUUUUUCAAAGUUCUCACACAGCGCAGGUGAACUUUGUUGCUGGAUAAUAACAAAAGUUUCUUAAUUGUCAUAUACCUUUCUCUUGGUUGAGAUACAAUGUAAUA